AUGUUCUCGCAGCAUUUCAUUGAGUGUAUUUUCCAUUUUAAUUGCUAUGAAAAACAUGAGAAGUACAACAAGUUUUCACAGACAGAGAGGGAACGAAAACUGUUUUCACUCAAGGGAAAAGAGAACAAGGAGAAACGGACGAAGAUCUACAAGUUUUUGCUUGAGCACUUUACUGAUGAGCAAAGAUUUAACCUGACCACAAAGAUCAGCCAAAACGUUUUGGCAUGUUUUGUAGAUGGCGUUUUACCCAUUGACACAGGAGCAAACGAUUUACUGUCCGACAUCUUUGAGAUCAUGAGCUGCAAGGAGAUAAAGCUGUCAGCGAUGCGGUCCAAACCUGGAGAAGAUGUUGGAGAUGAUGAUGAGAUGGCCAUGGCUAAUGCUGUGAUGCAGGUCGCACAGAAAAAGCUAAUCUCACAGGUUCAGAAGAAGAACUUCAUAGAAAACAUCAUCCCCAUUAUCUCCUCUCUGAAGGGGCUUCUGGAGCAGCAGCGCAUCCCUGCAGUGAGGGACCUCAUGAACUGCCUUCGGGAAAUGAUGCAGGACUACCGUGACGAGGUUAAAGAUUUCUUUGCUGCCGACAAGCAGCUGGCUGCAGAGAUCGAAUAUGACAUGAAG